CCUCCGAUCGCCAGUUUUGUUUCUACGCAGCGUUUCUGUUGCGAACUACGAGCGUGCGACCGCCUAAUUGGAUCAACGCGGCGACCUUGCAAAUCCCGCUUCCUAACGACAUAAGCGCCAACAAGGGCAAGAAGUCAUCCGGAAGAAACCGGGGGACUGCUGAGGUUGUCGAGCAGCGGCAUCGGAACAAGCGAGCGGUGCGCCGCCGCGAUUGCAACCGAGCGCGCGCGCGGCAUCAGUCCCAUCGUCAUUUCACGCGCGGUGGCUUCCUUCGGCACUGCGGCAAAAGCGGCCCGUCGAGCUUGCGGCAGCGCCGUGCAGAGGAAGUGCAUCCAGAUGGGACUCGCCUGAGGGUGUGCCCUUGUGAUGCCAGCAUGCCUCUGCCACCAUGAAUUAGCCCCCUUGCCACAGCCCCCGCGUCAUCAUGACAAAAGCGUACGACUUCAACUGGCAACGUCCUGUACCUGAAGCCCUGCUCAAGGGCUGCAUCUUCGACCGGUGGGAAGAGGAGAAAGAACAAGUAGUCUACGAACCGAAUGCCUUGUUUCGAGUCGACGAGUACGGAUUUUUCAUCUAUUGGAACAGCGACGGGAGGGAUGGUCAGGUGCUCGAACUGUCGCAAGUGAACGACAUAAGGGCUGGUGGAAUACCGAAGGAUGUAAGACUGCUGGCAGAGCUUAGCAGCAAAAACCGGUAUGGCCUGGAUGAAGUUUCACUAACCAUCUGCUCUGGCACCGACAUGGUCAAUAUCAACUACACACAUGUCGUGUGCCCAGACCCCGAAACAGCCAAGGUGUGGCAAGCUGGCCUACGCAGCAUCACCAACAACAUCAAAGCCAACAAUGUGUGCCCUGCCACCUGCCUUGAAAAACAUUGGAUCAAGCUAGGAUUCCUGGUGGACCCGGAUGGAAAAUUACCCGUACGAAGGAUAGCGCAGACAUUUGCGUCGGGCAAGACCGAGAAGCUGGUGUACCAAUGCAUUGGCGACGUUGGACUCCCCAGUGGCAAGAAUGACGUCAUCGAGCCCCAAGAAUUCACCCUGGAGAAGUUUCAAGAGUUGUACCAGAGGGUCUGUCCCCGCAACGACAUCGAGGAGCUCUUCAACUCAAUAACAGAAGGCAAGACAGAUUACAUCAGCCUCAAGCAGUUGAUCACAUUUCUCAAUGAAAAGCAGCGCGACCCAAGACUAAAUGAGAUCCUGCACCCCUUCUACGACGAGCGGCGGGCACGGGAGAUCGUGUCGGCCCACGAAGCCAACCCCGAGAACGUGCGGGAGGGUCGCCUCAGCCAGGGGGGUCUGGUGCGCUACCUCAUGUCGGACGAGAACGCGCCCGUCUUUCUCGAUCGGCUCGACAUGUACAUGGAGAUGGACCAGCCUCUGUCUCACUACUACAUCAACUCUUCUCACAACACCUAUCUCACUGGGAGGCAGUUUGGUGGCAAGUCUUCUGUGGAGAUGUACCGACAGGUGCUCCUAGCUGGAUGCAGGUGUGUGGAGCUUGACUGUUGGGAUGGCAAAGGAGAGGACGAGGAGCCCAUCAUCACUCAUGGCAAGGCCAUGUGUACAGACAUCCUCUUCAAGGAUGUCAUUUAUGCCAUCAGGGACUGUGCAUUUGUCACUUCUGAUUAUCCUGUGAUUCUUUCAUUUGAAAAUCACUGCUGCAAAAAGCAGCAGUACAAACUUGCCAAGUACUGCCUGGACAUUUUUGGUGACCUUCUGCUUACUGAACCACUGCCAAAUUAUCCGCUGGAGCCAGGUGCACCGCUCCCAACUCCCAACGACCUCAAGAGAAAGAUUCUCAUCAAGAACAAGCGACUUAAGCCAGAGGACGAAAAGCGGGAACUGGAGCUGUGGCGGAAAGGACAACUACAGAAUGACGACGAGGAGGAAGAGAAGGAGGAUAAUGCAAUUCCUGUGGAGGCCCAGCUCGAAGAGCAGUUGGCCAUGGCGCACUACCAGUACACGGGGGCCACGGUGCAUGUGCACCCGGUGCUCUCGUCGCUGGUCAACUACGCACAGCCGGUCAAGUUCCAGGGCUUUGAUGUGGCCGAGGAGCGAGCCAUUCACUUCAACAUGUCCUCAUUCGCCGAGACGGCUGCUCUCGGCUGCCUCAAGUCGCAGGCCAUCGAGUUUGUCAACUACAACAAACGACAGCUGAGUCGCAUUUAUCCCAAAGGAACAAGGGCUGAUUCAAGCAACUUUCUUCCACAGAUCUUCUGGAACGCAGGCUGCCAGAUGGUGGCCCUCAACUUCCAGACACCAGACCUUCCCAUGCAGCUCAACCAGGGCAAGUUUGAGUACAAUGGCGGAUGUGGGUACCUGCUGAAGCCAGACUUUAUGCGACGGGCGGACAAGACAUUUGAUCCCUUUGCGGAGUCGCCCGUGGAUGGUGUGAUUGCGGCCCAGUGUUCGGUGCGAGUGCUGUCGGGCCAGUUCCUGUCAGACAAGAAGGUGGGCACGUACGUUGAGGUGGACAUGUACGGACUGCCCACGGACACCAUCCGCAAGGAGUUCCGCACCCGCAUGGUGCCCGCCAACGGACUCAACCCUGUCUACAAUGAGGAACCCUUUGUCUUCCGAAAGGCAUUUCUUCCUGAUCUUGCUGUGAUCCGGAUUGCUGUCUAUGAUGAGAAUGGCAAAAUGCUGGGUCAGCGAAUCCUUCCCAUGGAUGGCCUGCAAGCAGGCUAUCGGCAUGUGUCUCUGCGGACGGAAGGGAACUUCCCCAUGUCACUGGCCAUGCUGUUUAUCUGCAUUGAACUCAAGAUCUACGUUCCAGAUGGCUUGGGAGACCUGAUGGACGCUCUGUCUGACCCCCGGGCCUUCCUGUCGGCCCAGGAGAAGCGACUGGUGCAGAUGCGUGCCAUGGGCAUCGAGGAGGCUGACAUCCUCGUCAAUCGGCCCGAGCUGGGCUCCCAGCAGAAGAAAGACGAUGAGAAGAGGGAGGAGUGGCGGGUGGAAGCCAUCACGGCUGAGGCACUGCGGGCAGAGAAAGAGUACAUCAAGCUGCGUCGCAAGCAGAUGAAAGAGCUUGAGGGAUUACGAAAGAAGCACCACAAGGACAAGCAGCACGUACAGAAGCAGCAAUGCCUGGCCGUGGAAAAGCUUUUGCCACGGGACACCGGCGACGACUCGGGCACGGCUGCAAGCGAGGACUGCGCAGUGCGGUCGCUCGUGGUCAACCAGAUGCACCAGUGGUCAUCGCUGCUGGCCUCCCAGCGCAGUCAGGAAUGGGAGCUGCUGCGCCAGCAGCUCACCCAGCAGGGGGCACUUCUGCGCACACUCAUGCUCAAGGCACAAGCCGCUCAGAUGAAGCAGCUGGAUGCGAAGUUCGAGAGGGAGAACAAGGAAAUGAAGACGAAACAGGCCAAGGUGUCAGUGGAGACGGCACGGGAGGUGUCCAGUGACAAGACACUGCGCAACAAGGCCGAGCGAGAACGGCGGUUGCGUGAGAAGAACAGCAACAACACCAAGAAGUUCAUCGAGGAGCGCAAGUCAGCGGCACUGAAGCAGAGCAAGGAACGCGAGCGCCUCAAGAAGGUCCACGAGAAGCAGCUGCAUGACCUGCAGCGUGAGAUCGACAAUGGCCUGGAGCUGUACAACACAGCUGAGCUGGAGUACAAGCUGUGCGCCAAGCUUGAGUGUUUCGUGUGACACUUGUGGGCCCAUUCCCUGGCUGCUAUUGCUGCCGCUGCUGCGAAACAAAGAGAGAGGACGCGGGUCGGCACUUGGAGCCAAACUGCACAGCUUUCCUUUACGUUUUCCAUGCGUUGAGUUGGCCGCACGCACUGUGGCAGUCUGUUCCGACGACACAUCCUGUCGAGGAUUCAGACGGGCCUUGCAGGAAGCAUAUGACCCUAUGCUCUCGCUGGUAACCCCGGUUCCAUUAGGAAAAGGCGGUGGCCGACCUUGGGACUGCAUUUCGUGUUUGAUGAAGUUGCACAUAAUUGUGUCAUCAUCCGAAUGAAGGAGAAUUUCCUGCAGAGCGAGCUGAAAAGAAAGUUUAGGUAACACUGUUGCAGCAUUUUUUUCUCAUUACUUCUCAUUGUGUUAUGCAGAUCUCAGCUGUAUAUCUGUCUUCCUGCACAGCCAGUCUGUGGAAAAUCACUGACCUAAUCUGAAAAUAAUCAUGGCUUCUGAAUUUUAUGAUAACCAAGUGAUGUCGCCAUCUUGCUGUGAAAAAAAAAAAAAAAAAAAAAACGGGCCACAAUUGUGCAAAAAAUGUUCAAAGUAUCUUCUAAGUAAGGGUGGGGUGUCAGCUCACUCCUGGUUUGAAUAGAGACUUUUCAUUUUGUCUACUUUCCUGGACACUUGUUUCACUCUGCAGGAACUUGGUAUUUCGUGUACAGUGUGGUGCAUGGCAUAGCAAAUGCUGCUAAAUUGAUGUCAUAACUCUCUCCCCGUAGAUAAGCAAUUUAGCUUUUAAAGGACGGACAGUGUGCCAACACCGAGGCAGAGACACAUUUCGAACCUGCCUAUUUCUUUGUGGGUGCUCUUAUGAAGCAGACAUUUUUUUUUAUGCCUGCAUAAUUGUUCCGUACAGAUACUGCUUGUUUUUUUUUUGUGACAACACGUAAAGUAGACCAUUUUAGUGCUAUUUUAUUUUAAAAUUGUGAGGCAUUAAUUUUAUUCCCGAUACCCACCCUCGUGUUCGUGCAUUAUUUUUCAUUUUUAGAGACAACGUUAGAAGUCCUUUUUCUUCUCUCAGUUGCUCCGUUUGAUGCUGGCCAUAAUGAACAUGCGACAGUUGAUCAAUGGAUGCUUAUACUUUUUGAAACAAUUUCAUUGCAUAAUGCAAAAUCCAGUUCUGUGCAUUCCUGUUGGUAGACUAAUAACCAUUCUCACUUACAUGCUGAAGCACCAAGUUUUAAUCUAAGUUGGCCUUCUAACCGAGAGAAGUUAGAAUACUUAAGGCUAGCUCUUGAUUUCUCACCCGAAUCCAGGUGAGUUUUUGUGUACAAAACAGAUUGCACUUGUUGUGGGGACAACAGUGCUAAAGAAUAUUUGCUCCUGAGCGUUCUAGUUUGUUUGUAGGUGCAUUUGAGUGGUUGCUUUUGGGCUCUCUGUAGAGCACUGGUGGUGUGCUUUGCAUUUGGUUGGUCGAAAUUCAACGCUCGGAGCACAGUCAUUUCAAAGUGCCACGCUUCAGCUCAGGGCACAUUCUCAGUCUGUCCACCACAUUUGGAGCACUAUCAAGCCCCAGUGAUAUUCGGGCCACAUAAUUUCUCUGUGAGCCAGGGAACAUCUUUUCCCCUUAUCAUUGAGGAGCCCCUGCACAACUUGAAGCAAGAGUCGGGGUAUGCUAGAAUGUACCAGAAGAGAGCAGGGCCUGUCUGGAAGUCAUACUUGUUCAGACUGUCUGCUUGACGUCUUGGUGCCAAUUGAUGCCUGCUCACUCUGCGACGGUGCAGUGUCUAGAGCAGGAAGCGUACAAUUAUUGAGUGUGGCCGGAUUACGUGGCCACUUCCGUGUGCUCCCGCGGUUGACUGUGGGCAUUUUGUGAGAGUGAAUCGUUUGACUUCCAGCACACAAAGCAGGCAUUUCUGAUGCUUCCAGUAUUUCUCACCUUGUACCACCAUUCACCCAAUGUAUUUGUGGCAUAGACCACACUGUAGAUGAACGCAGCAAUGAGUAAGCCUUGCUUGCAAUCAGUGUCUGGCUCCGUUGCAUCUGGUGUCGAACAGAUGGUGGCCGAAGUGUUGUUGUGUUUGGUUGUGCAUUUCUGGGUUGUUUUUGCUCCCUCUAAGAAAAACCUGAAAUGUGUACGAGUUGUUAUGGGACCCUGUUGCUGAGUGUUGAAUGAGAUGAUGAAAAAAAAAAAGUGAGUGGUAUGCAGGAGGAGGUUAAAGGCCUCAUUGUUUAUGAGCAUAUAUUCUAGUCAGUCCUUUACUAGUACUUACUUUGUAAGCAGAAGCUGCUUUUUGUUGACACUGGUGCACUUGCCUUGUAAAUGACUGAACAUGGUGCGAAACGCACUUCGCGCUCACCUCACAUAUUUUAAUAGGGUUCCUGUCUUUGUUUGAGAAUAAUGUGCAUUUAUUUUAUAGCUUUGCUUUUGUCCACCAUAGCAGUGCAGUUAAGGGUACGUGGCUUGUGCCUAGGGAUGCAGUGCACGGCUUCGCUUAACUGAACUUUCCUUUUUUUUCCCACCUGUUAUAGAAAGCAUUUUUUCUGUGUCUGUAGAUACAUGUCGCAUUGUAUAUGUGCUGUAUGCUUAUGGUUCAUGUUUAAACCACUUGCAUUGAACAGGUGGGCUUGGGCAGUUUGGGAAUGAUAUGACUCUGUCCUGGUACCAUGGUAACCUUUAUCUGGGUGCACAUAUUCCUAUCUAAAGUAAAAAAGCUGCGUUUGUUUUUAUGCUAUUGAACAUUUUCGGUUAGUCUAAAACUUAACGUAAAAUUUGCAAGAGAAAUUUACAAAUAACUACAACGCCAGAUGUCAGUUGCCUAAAAAUUGCUGGUGUAAAUUUUGCUCUACUUGAUGUAGCGUUUUGACCCGGUAAAAAGUAACUAAGACAUCAAGGCCCACACAGGUAUCAUUGUUUCAGGAGAAGGCAUAACUGGUACCUUCUGUAGCUGGUACCUACUACUUGGAUCUGACAGUCAUUGAAAGCCUGGAUUUAAUACAGUGACUGAAAAAAAAGGCACAAAGUUGCGCAUGAAGAUUAUUUUGAGGCGUUGAAAAGUCAAAAUUGCCUCUGCAGAUUGCUGCGCUGUUCAUACAGCUUUUCUUCUGCUGCACCUAACAUUAGACUAGUCAACUUUAGAACACUGUGAUCAAACAGAACUGGAAGACUGAUGCAACUGUGAGCUAAAAAUAGUACAUGUUGUUAGCAAGUGCAUACAAGUUACGUAUGAAUAAUCUGUGAGGCCCUUGCACAUACCAGUCAGCUCUACCUCUAUAAUAAAUCAUCAUGGCUUAUUUUCUGGUGUAUAACCCUUGAAUAAGUUAUAGCACUGCUACAAGCAUGCAUUGCACUGUGCUUUAACUGGCUUUUGUUGUUUUGGGUUGUACGAACAAUUUACCUAGUGCCCCGUGAAUGACAAAGAGGCAAAAUUUAUCUAUUGUCAAAGCUAUAAAAUUUCUCAUUGUUCACUGGGUCAUCAAAAAAUUCUCACACUUAAGAAAGUAUACGUAUUUGCUCGGCUCCCAUUCUCAGUUGUGCAUGCAACAGCGCAUGAUGCAGACAUAAUUACUAAUAGACCAUGCAAGCCGUUGUCACCACUGCAAGUUUUAUACAGAUGAAGUCCUUUAAGCUGACCAUGCUAAUGUGAGUGCCUGAAAUCUUAAACCAACUGCAAAGUGUUUCCAAUAUUUGGGAGGAAAAAAAAUAAUGCUAAUUGCAUCUUGCAUGCACAAAUUAACAAAAAAUAAAUGUUAUACACCAGAAAAUAUGGUAUGUUAAUUAUAAAAGCAAGUUAUUAACCAAAUUUUUAUACUAAAGUAAAUAAUUUCUGAUUUUAUAUACAUUAAAUUAGCUUGCCAUUAGUUGUUUCUGCAUGUCGUGCACAACAAAAAGUCAUCUUUAGGGUCAGUAAAUUUGAAACACAAUAGGUUUUUAAAAAAAAUAAAGAACAUGCUCAAAGGGUUUUCAUACAUAACCUUGGGACAGUUGAUUGAACUGCGACCAAUGUGCUACUCUUAAUUUUUAUUUACUUCACUAUGAAAAAAAAAGCGCACUUCAGCAUGUUGAGUUGCUUAAAAUCGUUACAGGGCCGGUAACCAGAGACCACAUUUCAAGAGUGAAAAUUUUUUCGAUCACACUGUUCAGAUAGCUCUGUGUCACUUCUGCUGCCAUAGUUUAUCACUGAGGAUUUCAUAAGAAUGGUGCUUGGAGUGAGCUUAGCUGUUUUUUGCAGUUUGCCAUUUUGAGCUUUUCGUUGCCUGAACCUAUCGUCCAGACUGUCUCUCAAAGUAGAUGGCUUGUUUUCCCAAGUCCAAUAAAGCGUUCCUUUGGGCUAGUUUGUAGACGUUGAGCAAAAGUUGGGGAACGUCGCGCCGCAUAGGCGGUGCAAAAAAAAAAGAAAAAAAAACACUCGCGACAGGCACAGAAAUCUUAACAACAACGGGUGGCCGCAAGCUAACAACUGCUAAAUCUUUCGUGAAGCACCACCUGAGGCUGCCUUCAAAAGAAGGACGAGGAACAAGGGAAGGGAUGAAAGUAUGAACAUGAGAAAAACCAAAAUCAAAACAUAACAGUGAAACAGCUUAUCAGGAAGGGAGCUCACAGCAAGACCUUUGCCUGCUCAAACAGGCCUCGCAUCCGCACUCUUCGCAAUGUAUGGUCCAAUUCCCUGGCCCGCUAAUCUGCCCACGAGCAUAGCGGUGCUCUCUUUGUCUGGAGUUAAGGUAUCUGCCCUAACACCAGACUGAGAGAGCACUGCAAAGAGUGCGGAUGCUGGGCUCUGUUUCAGAAGAUAAAGGUCUUGUUUCGCACGCAAAAAGAACAAAAGAGGGAAAUACACUCAAACCUCAUUAUAACAAAGUCGCAACUGACACAUAAAUAACUUCGUUAUAUCUGAAAAUUCGUUAUAAGCGUAUAUUAGAACCACUGUAUCUAUUACCAAGGCUACUGUUCAUUUACUUCGUUAUAACCGAUAUUUCGUUAUAUCCGUGUUCGUUAUAUCGAGGUUUCAAUGUAGUCGAAGCCUACAGCAUGUUAUAGGGAGAAUUCGGUACAUGCGUAAGCACUCCAACUUUAUCGCAAAGCAAAGUGAAAAUUGAAUUCUUGAGUGACGCGUUCUGGCCCAUGUGUAGACCUGUGUGCUGAGGCACGCCGCGAAGCGUUAUGUGCACCCUUCCUGAUAAACCAUUUCACCUUUUGUGUUUCGAUUUUGUUUUUGUUUUUUCAUGUUCAUACUUUCACUCCUUCGCUUGUUCUCCCUCCUUUUCUUGAGCACAGCUUCAGGUAGCGCUUCACAAAAGAUUAAAGAGUCGUUAGUUUGCACCCAUCAGUUCUUGUUGUGUUUUCUGUGGCUUGUGUGAGUGUUUUUUUUUCUGUACUGCCUAUGCGCAGCGCAAAGUAACCCAACCUUCGUUCCCAAUUCUAGUCCAUGUUCUGUUGUUGACAGUAUUCUCAGGGCAGCUUUUUACUUGGCUGUACUUAUGGUGGAACGACAAUCUCGCACGUAUGCUUUCUCACGCUACUCAGGACACUCGUAUAUUUAAAUUAAGGCGCAUGCACAUAAAAAAAAAAAUGUGGAGCACAUUGUGUUAAGUGCUUUCUGACUGCAGGGACACUUUUUUUAUGUCGUGCAAUUUAUCGGGAAGGAUGACAUAAACACAGCAGAAACUAACCUGCCAUGUAAAUGCUUGCAAAAAUUUGCAAAAAAGAAAAACAACACACCUCAGCGUAGAAUAUUUAUUUAUGUAUAAUAAAAAGUAUACUCAGUCUAACCCUCUCCCUUCUGCUUUUUAUUUUAAGCAUGGUUUUCUGGUUUGAGUGAAUAAGAAUUGUUGUUUGUUGUUUUUUUUUCUUGAACUGCUGAUAGCUAGUGUGCUACCAUAAUUGCCAAUGUGCAACUGCAUUGACUUGGUGCUACGGUAGAAACGACAUCAAGUACAGAAGAGUUAUUUGAUGCUUGCUUAUUAACUAAUUCGUUACCUUGCUUUUGAGAAAGUUCAGAGACUUUACUAAUAUAUGUGUUGAGUAUUGACCUCUCAUGCUCGAUGGCACUGGCUAUCUCGCUUUGGCGUAUUCAUCAAUGACAUGCAUUGUCUUGCACACAGGCAAAUGAAACUUUAAGCUUUGCCCGACUCUGCAUGAUGGUCUUGCUGCUUUAACUGAGAGGUAUAAGUACUGAUACUUUGAGAAAAGCUGCAUUUUUUACCGAACACCUCCAUUCAAAGUGAGCUUAGAACAACCUAAAGCAGCAGGUCUUGUCCUCAGUCAGCAAGCGUUUGUUAGAUUUGUAUUCGAGUGCAAUAGUGUGCUUCUGUGUAAGACACAGGGGCUUGCACAAAAGAAACGAUAGCCACUCAAAUGCUGGUGAAGAUUUUUCUAUUGCAUUUCUGUCUAUCGAAGGUCAUUUCAUGUCCAUUGGAGGACGGUAAAUAAGAAUUGCACGUUUUCUCUUCCUUCAUUUUUGAUGAAAUAUCUGCAAGUGGCUGCAUUUGCGAUGCUCAGUAGCUUUCCGUCAGGCUGGGUUGAAAGCAACAAGAACUGGUUCACGGUUUGACAGAAUACUGUCUGGUGAGGGAUGAACAUUUCUUGUUGAUGGCAAACAAACGCUAGCUGCACUUUGAACAAAAACAGUUUUAUGACGUUCCGAGACCAGCGUUAUAAAAUCUUGAAACAUCAAAAUACCAUUCUUGCUUUACUUGUGAUGAGUGUUUGUUUGCUGUAAAGAACUUGUGAAACAGUGGAACAGGCAUUGCCGGGGCUUGUUCAGCCGCCUUCUAAAGGUUGCAGACGACGUGGAUGAGUUGUGGGAGUGUAAAUAUAAGUUACAUUGCCUGUGGUAACAUAGCUAUUGCAAUUUUCGGGCAGGCAUGAGUAAAGUGAAAUGCAGUGAACAAGUUUGCCAAAGCAACGUUAUGCUGCACUAAAGCUCCUGUGUGAAAUGGAAGUGUGCAAACAAUUGAAGCUUGCACAUUUGGUGAGAUCUUGAAUUGCACCACCACACAGACAGAGCUGUCCUCUUUUAAACUAUCAUCUGUGCGCUUCAAGAUGUGUUCAGAUAUGAACUGGCCUGCAACUUGUUGAAGCUGACAGACCUGUUGUCUUCAUCUAGCUACCAUCUGCUGAUUCAUCAUAGCCUGCUUUGAAGUUUUGGACCACCAAAUUAUCAACUUUUAGAGUUAAAAACAAACGUAUUAUACUGCAAGCUUUGUGAAUGUUACAUUUAUGACAUUUAAAAGGUUAAUGACACCAAGAAUCUGAACCACCUUGGAGUGUAACAUAAUGCAAUUAAGAAAUGCAUGAUGGUCACUCUCUAACACCUUCUGUGCACGGUGUAUGUUUCUGGCCCUAAUCUUAACUAGGCUGUCUAGUUCACGAGUAGCUGAUAGAGUUAUUUUGCACAUCAUUUCCAGAUAUGGCGUCACUUUUUAAUGAUAUAAGCACUGCCCUUUGUUUCACCUUUAAGUGUUGUAUAAAAAACAAGUAUCAUUCUGUAAAGAGAUUAGUGCCACUCACCAAAAUAUUCCUGUAGGAAAGAUUUUACUUGAGAAAAAAAGACACACUAGAAGUAAAUCAGUCUUCUAAAGAGUGCAAAAAAAAGGACACAAGGGGUGAAAGCAACGACACAAGCACUCGCUAACGAUUGAAAGUUUAUUUUCACUCAACACAUGAGCACGUAUGUUGGUGCCUCUUGUGACCUUGUUUCAAAAUUGAAAACUCAUACAGAAUCUUUCACUUGUCACUAUCACGUGCUGCAUCUACAUAGGGCAGUUCUUUCUUAGACAGGGAAAUAGGCGGCACACUGAUACACUGGUGAUCAAUCUUCGCCAUUUCUGCCACUUCUAUUAUUUAUCGUGCUUUGUGGUCGGCAUGAGUGUAGAGCACUACACAUGUUAGAAAUUUGCGAGUACGUCAACAACUUCGACAAUUCAUCGCCACGCGGCCCUGUAACCCCUCUGGGCAUUAUAUGAAUGUUCCCAAAGGCAACGCCCGGUCUGUCUCACAUAUCUGCUGCCAUAUGUCACAAGAAAUGAAUAAACAAUAGAUUCUUUGUGCUCUCCAAAGCGCACAUGAUGCUUAGUGGAACACUUCUGUUCCACUUUUCUUGAUCUUCUGACAUUGUACCUAGCCUCAACUUGGUGAUGCAUUGUGAAAGUUGUGGAUGUACACCUGAAUUUCAAAAAUGUGCAGUGCUCUACACUCAUGUCGACCACAAAACACGAUAAAUAAUGGUGCAUAAAUGACCAAGGUAGAUCACCAGUGUAUCAGUGUGCUGUCUCUUGCCCCGUCUAAGAAAGAGCUGUCCUAUCUAGGUGUAGAAUGUGAUAGCGACAGGAGAAAUAUUCGGUACGCGUUUUCAGUUUUGAGUGUGAACGAUGCUUUUAUCUUGUUAGCUGAGUAGUAGCUAUCACUUUAGGAUGUCGUGAUUUGCGGAACUGGAGUGGCACAGGUGCGCAAUUACUGUUAUAAAUAUGUGUCCAAACAAUACAAAUUCAGCUGGAAGUUGGCGCUUGUAUGUGUAGCAUUAUUUUCGUUCCUUGUUUCAGGAGUCUUUUUCACUAAAGAAGAAAUCAUGAAUUACCAACCACCCCAAACGUGCACAUUGCUAAGUUAAGGGAAGCAAAAGAACACUUUUUAACCGCAUUGUGUAUUGCCAAAUUUCACAUUGUAUCAUUUUUAAGUCUUGCAUUUUAAAACAGAGCUAGCAGUUAUGUAAGGGCAACUUUUGGUUAAGGCUGACCACAACUGAAUGUAUUGAGCCCUCAUUUGUGUGUCUUUGCUUGUGCCUAAGUUUCUUGCGUUACAGCUUAACGUGGUUCAAAUCUUCUACAUUUGAGUUAAACAUGCAGUAGAUACAGCACUAGAAUAUAUAGUUUGCUUGCCAUUUUUACAUAUUUGCCUGUGCCCCCUGUUCUUGUCAUGUCUUUUAGCAUUGAUGUCUGUGAGCAUUCAAAGAUUUUACAUUUAAGGCAGAAAAACUCAAGCUGGGAAACAUACAUCUUAUGAUGUGACAUGUGCCAAUGGAUUUCUGAACUUUGUCUUCAUUUUUUCGAAUGAACAAGAUUCUAGCGACAAUCAUUAUCUCACACAACUUGCACAUAACAGAAAAUUUCCACCCAAGCGCCAAUGGAAUGCUAAAGAAAACUUGGCAGAAUGCUUGCAGGCAAGAAAAGGAAUUUUGUGGCAGACUUUUGUGCAUUGUUCGCUAUAUGAAUGGCAGAAGAAUUUUUGUUUCUUUGCAUUGACUACUUGUUCUUGAAGAAAUCCUGUAUUUAUAAAUAGCUACACUCUGGAAAUGCUUCGCAUUACAGAAGAUUAAUUAGCAUGUAUUCAAUUCUGUGGCAUAUUCAGUGUGUCUGAUAUUAACAAUUUGUUAUUUUAUGAAGGUGUAGUGCUAACGAGUGUGGUACACUAUCGGAGUUUGAACCUUCAGUUUACUAUGUCAUAACAUGUGUCGUUGCAUUUCUAGAAAGGGUUCAUUCACUCGCGAGUCUUGCAGAAUUUAUUGAAGCAUCAUGCCCACUGAUUUGUCUGCAGAUUGUAGAGGUGCCACUUGGAGGUAAAAAAAUAUAUGCAAAAUUUGAAAAGGUUUCAUUAUGAAGGCUGGCUGUAGGUAAACUGCAUUAGAGCUGCAGAUACAUAUAAAUGAUAUUGCACCUGCGACUUCACCUAUGUUUUUAUGGUGUUGUGAUAGCGUUAAUGCCUUUGCUGUUUUGUUUUUUUUCAGUAGCUUGGCUGCCAUUUUGAUUUGUGGGUAGUUUCUUAAUGAUGCACAUUGACAGCUGACAGCAAGCCCAAGCUGCUCUUUUUGGCACAUACAGCUUUCUGUUGAGUCUCAGAGGCAUUAUUGAAUCAUUGUUUUGGGUACAGUGUCAAUCUUCCUCAUGCGUAGGGAGGAAAAAUAAUCUGAGCAUUAGCUGUUUUAAUUCUAUAUAUUAUUAGUAUACCUUGAUGGUGGAUAUGUUAAGAAAUUGUACUCUUCAUGAGACAUGUUGAUUUCGAAGCAAAAUCAGCUCAUUUGCAGAAUGUACACCCUAUAUGGAUAUAUGGUGUCCAUGCUGUUUUAUUCCGUAGGAAUGCAACUAGUGACAGAAUGGCGAAAAGCGUACAAGCACCAUCAUGAUUACGCUUAUGACUUGUUGUUCAGUGCAUGCAAUGUAAGUGUACGUUAUCUCAAAAAUAACACUUUGAUUAACAAUUUUCUGAAAUUGUAUACACCAUUCUCCAUCUUGAAAUUUGUCACUGGAAAUGCGUAGGCCUCUAAAGCACGAUUAGCCCUUUGCGGUCAUGAGCCCUUACCCAAACUGCGGGUCCUUUGAGUCGGAAGCCUUUCUGCGCAUUUUGGGCGUCGUGCGAGAAAAAUGUUUACAUACAAAAAACACAUGUUAGCGGAUUUAUAUGAGAAUGGUUUCUCUCUACCCUUGGCUGUCAGCGGUACUUGAGCGUGUUAUGGUAAUGUCUGAAGCAGUCGCCAGGGUGUCUCCUUCCUGCCACCUUGCUAUCACUGCAUCAGCACAGUCCUUGCUGUUGCCAUUCGCAUUCUUGUAUAUCAAGUGUGGCACUAAAAUGAUGUCCUCUAAGGCACUAAGAUCACCAUCGGGCUCACGAAACUCGCGCACCACCCAUAUGGUGCCCGUGCAUAAAAUGUGGCCGUCCGGUCAGCAGUACAUGCUACGAAUUGCGGGCAAAAAUUGUAAGUUCCAUUGAAAAAGUGCUUAUUUCAAUUGGAGACAACAAAAACUGCAACAUGAAAUGAAUAGCAAUGCCGAGAGGUGGCGUAACCUGCCCAAAUAUGUGAGCUAGUGUGCACGUAGGGAGCCUCCCAACGUGUGACCGGAGCCGAUAAUUUCAUAUGGUGGCAUGCCCCCGACACAUGACCGCAAAUUGUCAAGGUGCAAGGCUGUCUAGCUUUAACGAUGAGGUCUCACUGUCCUCUUGAACCCUAGGUUAUGUGUGAUAGGACCACAACAAUAGUGUAUGUUGCAUGCAUUUGUACAUAAAACCUGACUCCUGCAAAUUUCUGUGCAACCUCACAGUGGUUGAAUAAUACCCAAAGCAACGAAUAAUUGCGGAGCGAAUCAAUCGAAGCCUCAGAAUCAAAGUGCUGUGAGAAUUACAGUAAACGCUGUAGCUCAAAGCUUGUCACUCACACGGUAAGCUUGUGGAACUGUUCAUAUAGAAGCCAUGCAGGUCAUGAGCAUUCUCAGAAUACCUUGACAUAUCUUAUUGUAAAUGUGGGGCAGCAAUUAUCUUGGCUGUACUGGCAGUAAAAACUUGAGGAGUGCCACACAGUACCUACACACUAAAAGAAUAAAGCAGAGACACAGGAGUGCAGAAUGCAUGUAAUAUUAUAGAUAAAUGCUUUUGCAAAGUUCAUAGCUUUGGUGCUUCAGUGCCAGAGCUAUGGGUAAACAACUGAAAAUCAGAACCAGCGGCUCAGCAUCACAGUAUAAAUAUUCUCGGCAGUUUAAAAUGUGUACCAGCGAUAGCAUAGGGCAUGUUAGAAAUUUUGGCAGGCAGUUUGUGAAAAGCAUAGGCAAAAACUUCUUCACUUAAGAGAAUGAAGUUCGGCAUGUUAUGUGAGUUUUAGCAGCUUGCAAUGUUUACAAUUGCUCUUGUAAAAUGUUGUUCCUCUCAUAGGAUUGAAAAAUUGGUGCCCAGUCCUUUUUUCUUUAUUGCGAUAGCAAUUAUAUGGACAUUCUCGGCAGGUUUUUGCCGUCACCAUCGCUGUCAUGUACUGUAUGAAGUCCAACAUAUGUUCUACGUGCUAGUACUAAAAGCACACGUGUGCUGGUGAUGAACGCAACUGAAGUGGAGGUGAAACGAGCCAGCCAUCUCUGUCACACAAAGGGCACAUGCGAUAACAUUGCCCUGCAUUUGAGGCCUGCCAUUGAUGGCUCCUAAAGCAAAGAGGAAACGCCCUGCCCGUUUCUGUUGGGUGAAGGAGCCUGAACGGGUGCCGGUGGGGGGGGGGGGGGGUGCAUCGCUCAAGCAGCAAAUAUAACGAACUUUGAUCAUAAGGGCGUGGUUGUGAGCACUGGCACGCACGCUAUCGGGGCAGACGUCAGUAAAUGGCUCGUGUAGGUGCUCUGCUCUCACUGCUUACUUCGCGGUGAGAUGACAGACAGCACAAAAACCGCUUCGCUCCCGGGAGCAGCCGUAUUACCUUAAACCAGCAUUUUGUAGAGUUACGCGAGACUGGAUCCAAAAGAUUUAGUGCUAGCCGUACUUCGUAAAACAUUACAGUUUGUCGCUGUCACAUUCAUUGGUUCACCUUUGCCGCGAAACUGUGACUUUUUUUUCGCAGCUGGGGGGUAGAACAGGUCGUGCUGAGGUUAUUGUCUUCUAAAGGCAAAUAAUGAAAAGUUUCUCAAAUUUACAGUAAGUCUUGGCUCUGACAAAGUGAAGAGUGUGGAAAUAUGAAAGAGUAAAUUAACAUCCCUUGGACUGUAUAACGGCAAUAAAAGGGAAUCCUCAGAGGGAUGUUUUUCCUGUGUAAACCAAGUGAAUUUUUUUUUUCAUGAAGCUUCUGCCACCUUGUGAGCUUCUGUAGAAAUGAUUUGCCUAUAUGUGCAACUCAUCUGAACACUAUUUGUGUAUUGUGAGGCUGACAAUCAUAGUAGCUUAAGUUUUUCUCAUUUUAGUUUGUUUAAAUAUCUUGCACUCCCAGCUGCAUGCUCUGUGCAUACUAUACAAUAUUUUUAAAUGACGUAGUUUCAUUGAGAGUUGCACAUUUUUUUAUUUGUUUAUGGUGAGGUCAGCCUGUUUAUAACCGUCUAUAAUAACAUUUUAUCAAGUGUGGCAGGUCGAUAUCAUGAAAAUGCUCUAGUGUGUUGAUGCAGUUUCUGACCGAAAAAGCAAACAUUCAAGACCUUGGUGGCAGUGAGCUUCUUAAACAAAAAUCCCUUGUGAAGUCUUUCAGUGUCUCACUUAAUUGAAGAUUGCGAUAUGUGCUCAUUCUGACCAUCAUGUAUAUUGCCUUCUUGCUAGUUGAUCAGGCAAGCUGCUUUCUUUUGCUUUGUUUUUGAACCACUAUAGUUUUGCUGUGCACAGCAUACUUGAGUGCAUAUUGUGUUUCUUGCGAUAGAAGAAAACAAGAACCUGUGAUCAAGAGCGUAGAAGUUUUCAGUGAGAGGUCUUGAAACUUUGUCUUUAACGCACUUUAUGACUAAACUAUUGAAAGCGUGAAGGGUAACAAGAAUUGUCCCAUAGCAACUAUUGACAUCUGUGGUCCCAACUUAUGUCUUCUCCAAGUCUCCUGGAUGUAUCUGCAGGCAAAACAGUGCUAGAGUAAAAUGAAGCCAUUGUUUCUUUUUGCGCUCUUCAUACUUAGCUUCAUCUUAUUACACCUAGCAUGCUUGACCUCGAUUAAUUCCUUGGCAUUCCUAACUCACAACAAACUGGUUCAUUAUGUCCCUACUGUUCGUGCGACCUGUCUCUUGCAUGUCGUUGAAUAGUUGCAACCUUAGAGCAAACCUUUGGUUGGAACAAGUGUGCUACCCCGACGGACCCCAAUGGCACCUUGCAUGCUCCACUUGUACUUUUCUUAAUGAAUAUUGCACAAGGCCAAACUGCACGAACACCUACAAGUAUAACAUAGCAGUUUGUAUUUACCCUCACAUGCGAGACAUCACAGACCGCUAGAGUGUCUUCUUACAUAAAGGUGCGUGCUGUCUUGGUUACUUCCAGGUAAAGGUAACUGUCAGAAAUGUGCCAUUUACCUUUUCUGGUGGUGUCAGAAUUGCCACCACCUGAAAGCUAACAGUGACAGAAUCUGAAGCCAGAGCUUGAAGACCGCAUGCCUGCCAGGCCAUAAUAUUUUUUGUUGUGGCCAUCCAAGGGAGGCCAACCGGCAUGCGGCUCAGAUUUCCCGCUGCUGAUGUCAUCCACAUCAGCAGACCCAACUUGAGGACCAGGCUAGUCUUAGCGGAGCAGCAGAAGCAGUUAGGUAGAUAACUAGUCAGAUUCAACUGAGCACAUUGUAGGAGCAUGUAAUACGUCUGCAUGGUGGCCAGCGCUCAUCUUUUGCCAAGCUCUAAGCUUUUGUCUCACUUGCAUUGCAAAACUGGUCUUCCAACCACCUCGCUGUAUUAUUAGCCAUACAAACAGGUAAUGUUCAUGUGUGCAGUAAAAUUUGGUGUGCAAAGUAUUCAGUCACUUUCUGUUGGAUUCACUAUAGCUCAACCAGCCAUGGAAAAUCAGUUUUUAUAGAAAGUGGACGACACUUUAGGAGCAGUAUCUUGAAAAGCAGAGGCUGAGCGUGGCCACAGUGCAGCGACGUGAAGGAAUCAAUCUUUUCUACAAGCAUUUAGCAAAGGUAUUUUUCGAGUAUGUCUGUUGUCUAUCCCAUGUUCCCAUAUGUAUUCAGGGAACAGGGCAGGAUAUUUUUUGGCAGUGUGUCGGUGUGUUUAAUCCCCCGAUGCAUUUAUGGUAUGCCUCCUUCCCUUGAAAGAAAAUGUUUCAUGUGCUUGGCACUUCUGUUCAAGCCAGGCUUGACAUGUUGAUGGCUGUGCCUACAGGAAUGCAUACAGAAACAGGCACUGUCAAGUGACUUUUCGGAACGAACAAAAAGGCGUACAGCCAUUAAUGGGUUUCGUAAUGGCUACACCUGUAUUUUUCAUCAGUGUCCAUAAUAGGACCUUGGAGAGUGCUUUAUACAGUGAGACUAGCUGCACUCCUCAGUUAACCCAUUGAAAAAAAGUGCAUGUGAGAGCUCCAUAGCAGUCUCGAGUGAAUUUUUGGUUGAAAACGUUGCUUUGCCUGCUUCUGUGCAACAUUUCUUGGAGGCAACAGUGAGCACCAGCUCUGUCCACUUGUUUAACAGUUCCUAUAUUAGAUGGUGCAGUGCUGCCGUUAUGUUACAGGACUAGUCUUUCAGAAAAUGUCCUUACAGUCCAUUGAGAAACAGCAAAAAACAAAGUUGGUGCUUUUGAGCUUGCUUUUGAGGUUCUGUGGUGCCCGCUUUUAUGCCCUGUCUUUUGCUCUGUUGUUUUGUGUACAUAGACUCUUGUGCACUUGAAGACAAGUAUAUUAACAAUGUUUUCAAACACCA